UUUGAGUUCCACACGAUCUCCCUUUCCUCUCUUUGAAACCCGUUCUGUUCCAAUAUUGUUGACAAUAUCACGUCCGCAUGAGAGCUGAUGCAGUCUAUUAUGUUCCCGAUUGAACAGAAAUCUAUCCACUUCCUGUUUGUGCUUGUUGUAGCCUGUAGGAUGUACGCCCAGAAGAUAUACAGCCACGAACCGAUUAGGCCGAACCAUGAACUGACUAGCGGGGACAACUUUGAGCUCAACAAUCAUCACUCUCAAGUGCUCAGUGCGCCGCAGCCUUGGAAUGCUGGAAUCUCCGCCCAGCCACCAGCCAUGGGCAUAUGUUUGCGGUCUGAGAACCUUGUACCUGCUAAAUCAUCGAGUACUACAAUGUUGAGCUGCUUCGAAUCACCGGCUUCAGCUUUCUAUGCAGCCGAGCACUGCAUGGGAUUUCAGCAGUGUGGAUGCGACAUUAACCCUUCAUCUGAUUGCUCGCCACCUUCCAAAGCAUGCGAUACCGAAUUCCCUCUGUACCGAUCUUCCAGGGAGAGUUUCACGAUCAAUUUCCGAGAUCAGUCAGACCCCUUUAUCGAGUCGAAAGAGCAGGCUAUUGCAAAAUCCGCUCGCAGCAAUGAGUGUAAUAGAGCCGCUGAGAAUUGCUAUGGAUUCGAGUACACCAAUUCGCAGCAGAGCAAGGUUCUUGCUCAUAGACAAGACAAAUUGCUCAGGGACAACGCAGCCUCCGUCUGGAGGUGUCUCUCGAUUCCUUCUGCUGAAAAAAAGGACCAAAAGGUCUCGUGCGGCUCAUCGGGCCACCUGCUGUCACAACUCAGCUUCUCUUCUCAGUUGGAAAAACGGCCUUCAAAGUUUCCUUCUGUUAAUACCAUGUCAACAGGUUCCGUUCUCUCGAAUAAAACGAGAAUCAGGUGGACUCAAGAUUUGCACGAGAAGUUUGUUGAGUGUGUUAAUCGCCUCGGAGGUGCUGAAAAGGCAACUCCGAAGGCUAUCUUGAAGCUGAUGGAUUCAGAUGGAUUAACAAUUUUUCACAUUAAAAGUCAUUUGCAGAAGUAUCGAAUUGCAAAAUACAUGCCAGAUUCUGCAGAAGGAAGGACAGCUAGAAGAACUAGCUCAAAUGAAUUUCCCCAGAUCGACAUCAAGAACGGCCUCCAAAUAAGAGAGGCAUUACAACUGCAAUUGGAUGUGCAGAGGCGUCUUCAUGAACAACUUGAGAUUCAGAGGACUUUGCAGCUGCGAAUUGAAGAGCAAGGGAGACAACUCAGGAUGAUGUUUGAUCAGCAACAAAAGUCAAGCAACGGUCCCUCCAAUAGUGAAAGUGUGAAUAGUCUCGAAGAUGUUCAUUUCUCGGCCACAGAAGGUCUUCAAAAUACUCACAACACUCAUUUCCCAUCCAAAAUAAGUUAAGCCGCCCAAGUAGCGCAAUUUGUUGCUCUACCAUUCACUAGUAACCACAGUCUCAAUCUCUUCCGGCCGGGGAAGAAAGGAAAAACUGAAUCAGAAGUUGCAAAACAGCAUGAUAAAGAAAAGAAAUAUGUCAAUGUGGAGGAAUAAACAAGAUGAAGGUACUCAUUCCUGCUGCGGAUACUAUCUGUGCAACCAAAUUGGCUAAGGCAAAGAAGACGAUGGUUGUCAAGAAUGAACGGCUGUUCUUGGCCUACUGCAGUGUACCCACUGUAAAUUGAAUGUAACAGGAAAUGCUUUAAGUUGGAGCUCUGGAAGGGCAAAGAAAUAUCUCAUAGAGCAGGUCAUUUGUGUGUUGAUUAGGUAAGCUGUGUUUCUCUGUGUAUAAUGUCUCAAAAUCUAUAUCAAACAGGUGGGAUCUUACUGAGAAAUUGCUGGGAAA